AUGGAAUUGGAAAUACUAUAUACAAGCCCUGUAAAUCCAAAGCAUUACGGGUAUCUCACGACUGUGCUACUAUUAAGUGGUCUUGUGUUUAUGGCGAUUUUCUUUACACGUGCUGUAGCUCCCAAGAAGAAUGCUCUUGUGGAGUUAGUACUGGCUUUGAUAUCAUCCUUGCUCCUGGGUUUUGGCACACUCUUUCUCUUCCUAUGGGCAGAGAUUUACGUAUAA